AUUAUGCCUGAAGGAUCCUUACAUGACACAUGAACCUGACAGAUCAUAAAAACAAUGUGAUUGUCAGUUUAAACAUUAACUUGCAGGAUGAAACUCUGGACAUUUCUGACGAUGCAUUCUGAGGACGUACAGUCGACAAUAUGAGCAGCUUCGGGCAGAUCUUGAAGGAGAUCGGAGAGUUUGGUUUAUUUCAGAAGCGUUUAGUCGCUGUGCUAUGUAUUCCCGGCAUUUUCGUUGCAUUUGAUGCGAUUGGACAAGUGUUUACAGGCAUGAACUUCCCUCAUCACUGUAACACUGACUGGAUCUUGGACCGAGGACCCAACCUGACUGUGGAGAGACAGAUAAAUCUCACCAUCCCUGUGAACAAAGAUGAAACGUAUGAGAGCUGUGAAAUGUUCACACCUGUGGAUUGGGAUUUGGAAAAGAUUGAAGCAUUUGGGAUUAACACAACAACAGGAUGCAUAAAUGGAUCAGAUUAUGAGACACCCAAAGGUGCCUCCAGCAUCGUGACAGAUUUUGAUCUGGUUUGUGACAGGAGCAGUCUCAUUGAGGUUUCACAGUCUAUAUUCAUGGUUGGUCUCCUGGUUGGAGCGUUGGUGUUUGGGCUAAUGGCUGACAGGUUUGGUCGACGCUUCGUGGUCCUCCUCUCCUUUCUUCAGCUACUGCUGUGUACUGUCGCUGCUGCUUUCUCACCCAACAUCUAUGUCUACAUCGUUAUCAGAUUCUUAGGUGGCAUGUCAAAUUCUGGCAUCGGUGCAAAUGCAUUUGUCAUAGGUGGAGAAUGGAGUGAUUCUUCCAAGUUUGCUCUCUGUACCGUCGCCGCCCAAUCUACAUUUCCUCUUGGACUAAUGAUAAUGUCUGGCAUUGCCUAUCUGAUCCGUGACUGGAGGAUCCUGCAGCUGGUGCUCUUCUGCCCUCUUGUCCUUGUUCUGGGACUAUUUUACUGGAUUCUUCCAGAGUCAGCUCGCUGGCUCCUCACCCAGGGCAGGGAGAAGGAGGCCAUAAAGGAAAUCUGCAGGGCAGCUAAGGUGAAUGGGAGGAAGGUCCCAGAAGACCUGAAAGAGAGGCUUGAGGCUGCAGGAACAUCCAAAAGAGGAAACAUGUUGGACAUCUUCAGGAUCUCCUACCUGAGAAAACGUGCUCUUGUAAUGAGCUUCAUCUGGUUUGCAACUAAUCUGAUGUACUAUGGACUGAGCCUGAAUGUCGGCAACUUUGGUCUGGAUAUCUACCUCACGCAGUUCAUCUUUGGUCUCGUAGAAAUUCCUGCAUAUCUGGGCACUUUACCAUUCAUCCAGCACUUUGGGAGGAGGAUAUGUCAAUCUGGGGUGCUGAUCUUUGCAGGAUGUGCUUGUCUUGGGACACUUGUGAUUCCAAAAGAUCUUCCUCAAGUCGUAACAGCCAUCGCUGUUCUUGGAAAAUUUGCAGUAACUGCCUCUUUCUCGAUAGUCUAUGUUUACACGGCAGAACUAUACCCGACCGUUGUGAGGCAGAAUGGUGUAGGUCUAAGCACCAUGUGUAGUUGUGUGGGGGGUAUCCUGGCUCCACUGGUCAGACUCCUGGACGUCUACCAUUACACCAUCUCCAUGCUAAUAUACGGCACCAUCACCAUUGCUGCUGGAGGUUUCUGUUUACUACUGCCUGAAACCUGCAAUGUUGAACUGCAGGACCACACUGAACCAAGGGAACCUGACAAUGGAACUGCUGAGAUGUUAUGUUAUUUAGAAAAGAGCACAAAAUUGUAAUUCAAAUGAGCAAAACAGAUUUCAGAGUCUAUAAUAUCAGGAACAGUAACGUGUUUCCACUUAACUGAUACAGUAGUAACAGUAAUUGCCCAGAUCAACCUUGAUUAGCUGAACAAAAUAAUCUCAUGUUCUUAAACGAACAACUUGUAUCUUAGAUCCCAUUCCUUUAAACUAGCUGUAAUCAAACCCCUUCUCAUGAAAUCCGCCCUGGACCCGGAGGUUUUAGCCAACUACAGACCGAUGUCCAAGCUCCUGUUGGGACAAUGUCUCCGUGAAACUAAAGGCCCACGCUUAGGCCUAUAUGUGUAGAGAAGGCCUGAAAACCAACAUGGUCCCUUUGUUCAGGAGAACUAUCAGGAAGCCAAGAACUCAUCUCCCAGGAUGUAGCAGUCCUUUUGUUCCGGACAGUUUCACCCAGAGGUGUGAAAAAGCCAACAGGGUCAACUCCAAUUGAUCACUCUGGCCCCAUGACCUGUGAGGACACCGGGCCAAUAUAAGGACGGAUCUCCCUCUCCUCAAUCUCUUUCCAUCAACCUUCCCAGGAGAAGGCUGCCGGCCUUUCUUCUCCUGCACCGCAGAGGGGGGAGCCUGGCAUCUUCUCUUCGCAUCCAAAUCUACGAGAGGAGCGUAAAAGUCUAGCUCCCAGCUCAUCUUCUCAAGGAAACCUCCUCUCAAAUCAAGUUCUUCCAAACUCCUAGCAGCGACUCAAUGUCCUACAGGUAGGAUUCAACAAGCAAGAGAGUCCCACAGCUCAACAGAACUGCGAGAACUUAACCACACAAAGCCAGAAGACUUCACACAACCGGCAGGACAGAGGGUAACUGCACAGCAACUUCAUUUCUCCCCUUCUAAGGACUGGUAACAUACUAGGCUUAAUACUUAUAAUAGGCUAAGCAAUACUGUUUAUUCAAUUCUGUGUGAUGUCUAUGAGUUUGAUACGUGUUUGACAUUUUGGGUUAUAAGUAAUUCGAAAGUAAGGUUAGUUUGUAAUGCUCUUCAUGGUCUUUCAUUGCAUUUCAGUCUACCCGUUUUGUCUGAUUUAGCACCAACACAGAUACAAGCACUUCACCUGCUAUCGGUCGUAAAGCAACUUCAGAAGAAAGGGGGGGGAUGCAAAUUUUCGGGUGGCCAGUGACCAUCUUGAAAGCAUGCUGAGGAAGCUGUGAGCUUUUAAUUAAGCCACAAAUUUUGGAAGCACACUGACUUACAUAGGCACACACACUCACACACACAUCUUUG